AUGCUAACUUCCCAACAUGGCAUUGAAAAACGCAGCGAUAUUCAAAAAGAUACGGAUAUCGCUGCAUUGAAGAACUUUACAAAUGAAUUAAAUGAAGAACGUGGCAGACGUAAACGCAGGAAAAUGCUCAAGUACUUACAGCCGCUGCUGAUUGGUUUUUUAAUUGUGAAGUUCAUCAUUUUCCCGCUCGUUUUAAAAACACUAACGGCACUCUCGACAUCCUCAUUUGUAAUGAGUAAAAUUGCGUUGGCACUCGCCGGACUUCUUGUGCUUAAAUGGCUGCUCUCAGGUUCCGGGGAUGGGGGCGGCUACGAUGGUGGCACCAAAGAGCGAACACAUUUGGAAAUCGUCCAUUUACCAAUCCCAUUAACGAAAGCAUAUCAAAGGGGCAAUAUAGUCGUGGGUGGUGUUGGCAACGGAGGAUGGGAUGAUUUAUCUUUAAGUGGCAGCAGCAGUGUGUUCGCUAUAAAGCAUCCGAACAAACCGCACAAGUAUAUACCGGUGGGCAAUAUGAAGGAAAUUGCGCAUGUUGUGGCAGCAGCAGCGGCGGCAGAUGCAGCGGAUAUUGGUAGCGGUGGCUAUCGAAAUACACGUCCAGUGUUUGACGCCAAGCCGUUCUUGUAAUAAGCGAAAUAAACAACAACUGUGGCACAACAGGAAUUUCCCAACGAGUAUACUGGUCCACGCACAACUUACAAACAUACGCAUUAUUGCCACUGCACAAAUAAUUUAUGCUUACAUAACGAUGUUUAUUUGUAUAAGCCGCGAGUUUAUUUAAUUAUUAACUGUAAUUCCGAAUGGGUGGAAAUGUUCUCGCACUCAAUAUUUUUUUUAUCAGUAAUGAUGGCGAUUUAAUGCAAAUAUUUAAUCAAUCGUAAAUAAAACCAUAAAGUUUAUUUAA